GGUUAGCUCCCCUUGGCUCCCCUUACUCUCACACGAUUCAACACCAAGUUUUUCUUUUUCCUUCAAGCAUUUAUCUGAGUCAUCACUUAGUCAGUAAUCACAUAGCCAAUCGCAUCGUUUGGCAGUCCCAGGAAUCUAAGUGGCGUAGCUUACUGCUGCAAGGGGAAAAUCGCGCAGCAAACUACCGAUGAGAAGGUUGUCCACUGAUUCGUAAGAGAUGCGAUCACGCUGCUACUUUUCAGUGACAGCUUCUCUUCCCAGCAAUGUUUCUCCCCGAUUUGCACUGGAGGUGUUACAAACGUACAUACCGACCAUAAGUCAGAUGCCCGGCGUGAUCGGUUUCAUCGAAAUACCUGCUGAGCCUGCCCUGAUUUCCGAUGAUCCCUACUUUGGGCCCUGGGAUGAUACUGUGCGCGCAUACACGAUCCGCGCGGCCAUACACAUGCUUCCAGGCCUGACUAAAACCCACCAAUGGCCCGCUGUGUUUCAGCGAACCCCAAACGGUAUGAGAAAUCGCGGGAACACUCCUACCGGCAUCGUUACCUGGACAGAGUGGACCGUUCGUCGAUGCGGAGAUGGUGCGCCUGACGCUGGCGCCGAAAUACCCAAUAGUACUGUGGCCAACGACACGGAGCAAUGGGAGAUACACGUUGAUAACACUGUUGAGGCUCGUUCGCUUUUAAUGCCAUUUGUUCAACGAUACUCCGAUAGGGCUAUGGCUAUACUGUGUCAUAGGGUGACGGAUGAAAUAGUUCGGUAUUACCUUCAAACACCAAUAUAAUGUACACGACAAACCCGCCACGGGUUCACCAUCA